AUGAAUAGUGGCUCUACUUCAAAUUUAAGUUGUCAUCUUAAGAAUCAUAAAAAUAAAAUUGAUGUUAAUGUAAAUAAACAAGCAAUGAUGUUGGACAGAUUUCUUAAAAGUGGCAGUAAUAGUGAACAUAUUGGUAAUGACGAAUUUUUGAAUUGGGAAAAAAUGCUUCUUUCAAAAUACUUGAAAAAUAAACCAAUUUUAUUAAAGAAAUCAAAUAAUCCCAUCUCUUUUUCUUUUAUUCAAUCUUUUAUUUUGAAAUAUUCUACAACAAUUAAUGCUCUCCGGCCCUUUUCCUCUCCCUCCUCUAAAACCAAAGUAGAUAGAUCUAAAUUUAUAGAAGGAGAUAUGGUAAUAUUACGUGAUCAGUCUUCAUUAUCCUUGUCAAAAAAUAAUCACACACCAAGAACAAUUUUAAUUGGUCCUUUGAAUGAAAAUGGAAAACAUGAUACACAUAAAGGAAUUAUUUAUCAUGAUUCUAUUAUUGGAAAUCCACCAAGAUCUCGUGUAUUAACUCACACAAGUUUGCUUGAUUUACAUCCAUAUUCAAAAAUUUUAGAAAGUGGAACUGGUAAUGGGUUUUUGACAUUAUAUCUAGCACGAGCUCUAUAUCCAACUGGAACUAUUCACACCAUAGACAUUAAUCUGGACUAUACAAAAAAAGCUCAAAAAAACAUUAGGAAUUUUUCACGUGGAUUGUAUUAUGAUAUCAUUAAUUUUAGUACUGGGUCAUGUUCAGAAAUCUUAAAAAUUGCUGAUGAUGGUAGUAAAAAAGAGGCAUCAUCAGAAGCAUUGCCAAUACCACCACUAUCUUUUUCCUCUUCAGCAUCACCUUUAUCUCCAUUGGAAAUAUAUGAUGGUGUAGUAUUAGACAUGCCAGAACCAUGGAAUGAUCUACCAACUAUUGUAAAACAAUUAAAGAUAGAUUGUUUCAUUAUAUGUUAUCUUCCUAAUAUGACCCAAGUUUUAAAUUUGGUCAAAUCAAUUAAAAUUAGAAGUAACAAUGAAAGGAUUGUGAAACAUUUAAUAAAUAAUAAUAAUAUGAUCCCAGAAAAAGCAUUAGCUUAUAUUUGUCGACCUUCUCAUACACCAACAAAUCAUACCGCAUUCUUAGUACAAUUGAAAAAAAUAUCAUCCUAG